CCGAGCCCCGGCCGAGCGCGCACGGAGAUGGCGGCACCGAGCGGGAGCGUCCUGCCGGGGCUGCGGGCACGGCUCGUCCUGCCGGGGCUGCGGGCACGGCUCGUCCUGCUGGCGCUGCUGGCGCUGCCCCGCGCCGCCCGGCCCAGCUGCUUCUGCCAGGUUACUGGUUAUUUAGAUGACUGCACGUGUGAUGUAGAAACCAUCGAUGCCUUCAACAACUACAAACUUUUCCCUAGACUGAAUGAACUCCUGCAAAGUGACUAUUUUAGAUACUACAAGGUAAACCUCCAGAAACCUUGUCCCUUUUGGGAGGACAACAGUCACUGUGGGAUGAGAGACUGUGCUGUGCAGCCCUGCCCCUCUGAUGAAAUCCCCGAUGGAAUCAGAGCUGGAAGUUACAAGUACUCAGAAGAAGCCAACAGCCUCGCUGAGGAGUGUGAGGAAGCCAAGAGACUCGGAGCUGUGGAUGAUUCUUUGAGCAAGGAAACACGGCAGGCAGUGCUGCAGUGGGCACAGCACGACGACUCCUCGGACAGCUUCUGUGAGGCUGAUGACAUCCACUCUCCUGAUGCUGAGUACGUGGAUCUGCUCCUGAACCCAGAGCGUUACACUGGCUACAAGGGCCCCGACGCCUGGAAAAUCUGGAACAGCAUUUAUGAGGAAAACUGCUUCAAGCCUCAGAAUGUAAAAAGACCUUUGGCAUCUGGCAGAGGAGAUGAUGGAGGGCACACAUUUUACAAGUGGCUCAAAGGGGUCUGUGUGGAGAAAAGAGCUUUCUACAGGCUCAUCUCUGGUCUGCACGCCAGCAUCAACAUCCACCUGAGUGCCAGGUACCUCCUGCAAGAUUCGUGGUCGGAGAAGAAAUGGGGCCCCAACGUCACGGAGUUCCAGCAGAGGUUUGAUGAAGCCCUCACCAGCGGGGAAGGGCCCAGAAGACUCAAAAAUCUUUAUUUUCUGUACCUGAUCGAGCUGAGGGCCCUCUCCAAAGUGCUGCCCUUCUUUGAGCGCCCUGGCUUCCAGCUGUACACGGGCAAUGAGCGCCAGGAUGCAGAGAUGAAGCACCUGCUGCUGGAAAUUCUCCAUCUGGCCAAGUCCUUCCCACUGCAUUUCGAUGAAAACUCCUUCUUUGCAGGGAAUAAAAAGGAAGCUGCCAAACUAAAGGAGGAAUUUAGGCUGCACUUCAAGAACAUUUCCAAGAUCAUGGAUUGUGUUGGCUGCUUCAAGUGUCGGCUGUGGGGGAAGUUGCAGACACAGGGCCUGGGCACAGCACUGAAAAUCCUCUUCUCAGAGAACCUCAUCGAGAAGAUUCCUGAGAGUGGCCCUUCCUAUGGGUUCCAGCUGACCAGACAAGAAAUUGUGGCCUUAUUUAAUGCCUUUGGAAGGGUUUCAACCAGCGUGAAAGAACUGGAAAACUUCAGGAAUCUCUUACAAAACAUGAGGUGAAUUCAGUGGAGAAAGAGGGAUUUGAGGACAAACACCAUCAUUGCACCACUCUGACUUAAACCACUUGCUGGGCCUCCUGUCCCAUCAUUGUCUGUAACCUGCUGAGAAGAUAUUUUAUACAAAGGGAAAAAAAAAAGCUAUUUUUUGGUAUAAAAAUGGGGACUAUAUGUAAAUUUUAUUUUAUAUAUUGGAAGAUCAUUUGGAAUAACUCUUUUUGAAAUAUUGCUGUGCUGUUUGAAGAUGGAUCAGAGCCGUGGCCUUGCCUUUGGAAGUGUGGGGCAAGAACUGUGCCAUUGAAUAAAUCUGGGGGAAAUUC